AGUUCUGCCGCAUUGACCGUCCGCUGUGCCGCAAUGAGGACGAGCAGCUCAGCUUUGAAGCCGUCCGCAACAUCCACAAGCAGAUGGACGACGACGCAAACGGCAACGUGGACGUGGAGGAGAGCGAUGAGUUCCUGCGGGAAGACCUGAAUUACCACGACCCCACCAUCAAGCACAGCACCUUCCACGGGGAGGACAAGCUCAUCAGCGUGGAAGAUCUUUGGAAGGCCUGGAAGGCAUCGGAAGUCUACAACUGGACGGUCGAGGAGGUGGUGCAGUGGCUGAUCACCUACGUGGAGCUCCCCCAGUACGAAGAGACCUUCCGGAAGCUUCAGCUCACCGGCCACGCCAUGCCCAGGCUGGCCAUCACCAACGCCACCAUGACCGGGACGCUCCUGAAGAUGACCGACAGGAGCCACCGGCAGAAGCUGCAGCUGAAAGCCCUGGACACCGUGCUCUUCGGCCCGCCUCUCCUGACCCGUCACAACCACUUGAAAGACUUCAUGCUGGUGGUCUCCAUCGUCAUCGGCGUGGGAGGCUGCUGGUUUGCUUACAUCCAGAACCGCUACUCCAAGGAGCACAUGAAGAAGAUGAUGAAGGACCUGGAAGGUCUGCACAGGGCCGAGCAGAGUCUCCACGACCUCCAGGAAAGGCUGCAGAAGGCCCAGGAGGAGCACCGCACGGUGGAGGUGGAGAAGGUCUCCCUGGAGAAGAGGCUGCAGGACGAGAUCAGCAUCGCCAAGCAAGAGGCGCACCGGCUGCGGGAGCUGCGCGAAGGGACGGAGAACGAGCUCAGCAGGCAGAAAUACGCCGAGCAGGAGCUGGAGCAGGUACGUCCGGUGGGGAGGGGAGGAGUGGGGAGGGAGGUGAGCAGCCCCUACUAGGGACCUGGGGUCCUUGGCGCCUUCCGAGCUGGGUGCUUUUCUUGCAGAGGUUUCAUGACCCCACGAGGGGAUGUCGUCAAUGCUGCUGCUGCUAUGAUGAUCAUAGCACUGAUGCUGUUACCUAGUCGGGCUGAGAAGAUCAAAAAGAAGCGCAACACCCUGUUUGGCACCUUCCACGUGGCCCACAGCUCCUCCCUGGACGACGUGGAUCACAAGAUCUUGACGGCCAAGCAGGCGCUGAGCGAGGUGACGGCCGCCUUGAGGGAGCGGCUGCACCGCUGGCAGCAGAUUGAGCUGCUCUGCGGCUUCCAGAUCGUCAACAACCCCGGCAUCCCCACGCUGGUGACGGCCCUCAACAUCGACCCCAGCUGGAUGGGGGGCCCCCCCAGGGCCAACACCUCCCACUUCAUCAUGACGGACGACGUGGACGACCUGGACGAAGAGAUGGUCUCCCCCAUGUCCAUGCAGUCUCCCGCCUUGCCAAGCAGCGUCGUUCGCCAGCGCCUGGUGGACCCCCAGCAUUCCUUGGGAUCGCAGAGGUUGGUAGAGGGUCACCCGCAGGCCCCCGGCCAGGGGGAAUUGGGAGCGCUGGUGCAUUACCUGCCCGGUGGCAGGGUCACUCUGCGCCGAAUGCCCAGCCUCUCCAGCGGCGGCAGCAUCGACGUCCCAGCAGCUCCUCCUCCGUACUCCUCCUCCUCCUCCUCCACCGCUCCCACCUGCCACGGGCUGCCCAUCCUGUACCACCACACCACCUCCUCCUACAUCCUGCAGAUGGACGCCCUGCCCCCUCCCGACGUCACCUCGAGCACGCACAGCCAGGCGGAGAGCUUGGGGGACCUGGUCCACUCGGAUUCGGACUCCUCCAUCCCGCACCUGAGUGACCACCCGCGGGCGGCCAUUUCCAUGCCCAAGUUGCGUCCCGGCCUGCUGAACAAGUCGGCCGAGGAACAGCAGCUCCAAACGGAGUCCGGCGAGUCGGAGAGCCCGCUGACGAUGAAGAAGGUGCCGGUGCUCAACCACCACGGGGGGCUGGAGAAGGCGGCCAGCCUGGGGGAGCUGGGCCCGGUGGGGGCCCGUUCGAGGGACUCCUCUCGGUCACACAGCCCCAGCUCCACCGAGCCCGACACCCCCUCGCCGCCUGCCAAUGGCCGCACCGCACUCUCCCUCCUGUCCGGCAAGGCGAACAGCCGCAUCCCACACCUGGCGGCCAAGAAGACGGGCGCGGCAGGUGAGGAGGACAGUGGCUCCACCGGCGAGGAGACCGACUCAGGCCCCGGGAAGAAGAAGUUCCCGCUUAAGAUCUUCAAGAAGCCCCGGAAGUAGCUGGCGGACGGGGAAGGACC